CUAAACCUGGGGAUUCUCCCUCUAACUGUAAAAGGUAUGCCACUCUUCUUUUCAUCGUAGGCCGUUGCAAUCUGUAUUUGUACGUUCUUAUACCUAACAAAAGGCAAAUAUUACUUUUUUUUCUUUUAACAUAGUUAAAAAUUCUUACAAUUUCAUCUCCUGAAAAUUAAUUCAUCUCGGUCGGAGACUUUCUAUUUUGUUAAUUUUUCUUUAAGGAAAAUGCAUGUACUGGUAUUUAGACCUCAUAUAAAUCUAGAAGGUCUGAUAGUUUCUCUUAUAUUUUUGAAUUUGGUAGUGUUCUAUUUACAAAUGCAAGUAUGGGGAAUACAACAAGCCCUUCCCUCUCGUUUAAGUGACUAACUCAGUGCUUGAGCUCGCGACUAGAGUACUAAGGUCAAAGUCACUUAUCGAUUCAUUUUUCCAUCUCAUUUGAUGUGCCAGUUUCUAUACAUCUCACGAUCUCGAGAAAAUGAUUAUAUUACAAAGUUUCCGAUGGAUUAAUUUGUUUGUUGCAACUCUGUUCUUCAAAAUAUAGUACAGUCUGUUCAGUCAGCGGGCUACCACUUGGAUUGAAGGAAAACGAAACAAAAUUGUAAACACAGUCAGGUGAUCUAUUCUUGAUACGAUAUUUCAUAUCCUCGAUCAGAAGACCAAUAGUUUGAAGAUUUCAGAUCUAGAUUUUGCCAGUGGGGUGAGAUCUUUGAAAUCAAAUUAAACCUGCCCUUUACACUCCACACCCACAUUCUGAUGCAAAGCGAAAGUUUUAAUCCAUUUCAAACUUUCGAAGGCGACAGUGAUAUCGGGCGGUUCAUCAACCCUCCUUUUACAAAAAACCUUAAACGAGUUUUUAUUCUUUGAUUUUCCUAUUUCCGAAUCAGUCAUUCCCGCACUUCUACCGAUGUUCACAUUUCCUAAUUCGUGCAGCUCUGUUUUAAUCCAAUCAGAGAUAACUGUCAUUGCGGGCUACCCUUUUGGUGCAAGGAACCGAGCUUACUCGACACAUUUAUAUUGUGUGUCGCCCGUAGCAAAACGGUAAUCAGUUCAUUAAUCUAGACAUUUAUAUAGAUUUGCUUUCAACAAGUGGAGUAACUGAACAUGAACGAAAAAAAAACGAGGGUAGACAAACUCGGACUCAAAACAAGUCUAAAGAGAGUUAUUACAGUAGCUAUACUCCGAGUUUGCCCUUUGGACCGCCACGAUCUUUAUUAAAUAUGUCCAAAUCAAGAGAGAAACAUUGAAACUUGAUGAUAAAAGAAAGCAAAAACAAUAUAAAAAUUAGAUGAUAUUAAAAUUUUCAAAAAGAUAUUUACCUCCAACACGAGAAUGCGCUUGCAUCGAACUGAUAUGCCAUUCGCCAAGUUGUUUAGUACAAUUUCAGAAAACCACAUUGAGUAAUUGAAAUUAAAAAUAUCCGUAUAUAUAGAACUAUUGUUCCUGAAUAUUCUUCACAUAACUACAAGGCAAAUAUUUUACGCCUGGCCUGGAAAUGUAAAGUGAAAAAACGCUAGGCUAUGUUUUUUAAGCUCACAUUUCGGUUCCCUACAACACCACAGGACACUUAUUGCCUCGUAGACUUACGAACCGUAGGCCAAGUUAUUUUUGCAGCGCUAUUUAGAUGAAAAGAAAGUUCAUAAUAUUCUCGCAAAAGAACAGCUUUUGCUGAUACUUCUUUCAAACUGAACUUCACUAUAUGAAGAAGAAUUAAUUUCCUAUCUUCACAUUUUAAUAACACACGAAAGUUUGACUCCUUGCCUUUAAAAUAAACACAGACACCACUCCGUCUCGUUCCAUACCAUACCUACACUACAUUGAGACAUUUUUUUUUUCUAUUUUACUGGCAUUUCCUAUCAGGUAGGCAAACUAAACGCAUCAGAGACACGUCAAGGAUGGAAUUGCAACAGCGGAUGCAAGGCUCCACAACAUUGUACACUGCCACGCUGCACUAACGUGGUAUUUCCACACACGUUUAGUGGAUCUGGAACCGUAAGUAAAACCUAAGGAAUUAAAAAUUACCGUAUUUCAACCAAUAAUAGCCGCGAGCGACUAUUCGAGGGAGGCGAUUAUUUCAAAUACUGCUCACUAGAGGUCGUUCCCUAAAUAUUUUUUUUUAUUAUCUAUUAAAUAAUAAUAGAAAAAUAAUCACAUCAGAUAUGCUAAGCAUGGGUUUUAUAAGUUUUCAAAAUAUGGCUCCUUGCAUUGGCAGGAGCAAUCCUGUUCCUUGCUUAUUUUUCAAUGUCAAUAUCCUUUGCGUUAAAGCUUGAAUCGUCACUGAUCAGUUUUGCUGGAUGAGAUUCCACUUCAGCUUUGUUUGUUAUCCAACGUGCCAAUUUUUAACUUGGCGGGGAGAGGAUGAACGAAAGAGAAGAUAGCAAGAGGGGUGGGGGUAGGGAGCGGUUAUUUGAGGGGGCGAUUAAUCGAGGAACGGCUAUUUUUCGAGGAAAUACAGUAGUCUCAUCUUAAGGGAUGGCGGCUACUUUCUUUUGUUAGCAGACCACAAUAAGCUUCUUAAGAAACUAAUGUUUGCAACAAAUUUUGAUUUGCCAAUUAAAAAAAAUGAGGCUUUUGUAACGUUAUGACCUGAGAGAAUUUAGUGCGCAUAGGUAUGUUCAAGUGCUCCCUAAUCCCUAGGAUGCGUGUGUUUUCAGAGAAAAUAAAACAAUACGAAACAAAAAUGCCAGAAAAUUCUGACAAUAAAAAUAGGCUAGAAGACCUUUAACCCUUUGAAUGGGGUAGGGAAUGGAGGCGGGCGGGAUGCGGUCGAUUUGGAGUGGAAUUAGACUCUUUUCUUUUCAGAUUUAGUGAGAGAAGUGCACCCACACACGAGCGUGGAAGCCGCCAGAAGCGCGCGAGAAACGAGGACGGCAGUCUCGCCCUUUCAGUCACCCGCGUGGUCAGUUGCGUUUCUCGCAUGUUUUGGUCGACGGAUUAAGAAAAAAAGAGACUUCUCGUAGUCUAGGGUUGAAUUGUUGCCUGCAAAUUUUCAUUGAUGCUUAUCUUUACCUAACGCAUUUCAGGUUCGAGUCUUUGUGUCAUUAAGCCACCAAGAUCAGUCAUCAGAUGCAGUUCAUUCACCUUCCGCCGUGUGGGCAGAGUCCAUAAGUACAGCUGGAUUUCAGUUAUGCUCGCGUGCAACAGGCUAUACAAAUGACACUGGCAUUAUCAACUGGGUAGUAUUCCAGGACAAACCCAUGUUAACGCAUGGAAGCUUUACUUUUGGCGGAAUAUGGACAACAGAAACAAAGUGUGAGAAGGUGGCCUUUUCUCAGUUUAGACAACAAUAAUUGAUAACAAGUAUUUAAUUUUGUUUUAAAUGUGUAAAACGGACAUAGCAAAGUACAUUGCUAAAAGUCUUUUAAGCUUUCUCUCGGGCUUAGUUUCAAACUUUUCCUUCCAUCGCCUUUAGAUAAGCCAUUUUCAUGUUUUACUUUGGAGGUGGUGAUUGAAUAAUGCUUGACCGUUUUGAAUGUAUUGAUGUGUUAAAGGUAAUUUGGAAAAUAAAAGUCUAUUUUUUUAAUGAUAUUAAAUUUUUAGCAUUAAACUUAACACAGUUGGCCGAAAAGGAACAUUGUUGUUUGUAACUUUAUUUAAGUAAUGGGCCAAAUAAGAUGCAUUCACCAAUAUUUUCAACACUUCGUAGAAAGAGGUGAAAAAGGGGUAGAAUAUUGAGUUAAUGGGAAUAAGACAAGAAGAUUUAAUUAAUCUUCUCCCCUUAGCCUUUGAUAAAUCCUUAAUUUCAUUUAAGUGCCGCUAAGUACUUCAUGGACACGUUCCUGCUGAUUUAUCUUUCGAGAAGCUUGUUUAUUUUUCAAUCUAUAGUUUUUGAUAUAUCUAACAUUUUUUUGCAGAGCUUUGCUUCCAAGCCUUGUGUAUUUGCCUCUGUUAAGUACACUCGCAGUACAAAGCCAAAUGACGCUAUGUACUUAUGGUUAGAGAACGUCAACUCUGGAGGAUUUGAAGUGUGCUUAAGGGAAUUCUUGCCCUUUGAUGGAAAACACCAAGAUGCAGUUGUGGUAAGUAAAGAAAAAUGUCCGAGAAACUAUAGUAUUGAUGAAAACAAACAAACAAACAAAAAAAAUUGACUUUGCCACACUUCGGAAGCCCGGAAACCCAAUUAACCAAAACGUUUUUGACGCAAUUAAGGUCAGUGUCGUGUCUCACGUGUCUCAUGCAGUCAUUUCUUGUUAAAGGAAAUGUGGUUCGAAACCUGACGCAACUCGUCUUGUAAGGAAAAGGGUAGCAAAUUAAACAUUAUUUUCUUGUCCACAGGACUGGUUUGCAUUCACUGGAAAUGGGAGUCAACUUAAUUUCACAAUAAUUGGGGAAGAAAUCUUUCCAAACAGUGGAAAUCCAUCGGCCAAAAACAACUACGGCUUCUGUCAGGUGAAAACUUUAGUUCUUACAAGAACAUUUAGCAAGCGAAAGAACACUGAUUUUUUAGUGGUUAAGUUCACACUAAAGAAAACUUAAAAUACAGUAAACCCAAGCUUACCAGGCCAUGCUAAUCGACAUUGUAUCCAAAAUGGCAAUUCCCAGAUGAGCGCGACAUGUUUAUCUCGCGAUUUUGAUGUUCGCAUAUUUCACGAUUCUUAAAUUUCGUGACUUUGCGAGAAUUUUUUUAUUUUGAAUCUCUUCAAUUUCGCGUUGUAGACAGUGGGCGAAUAUUAGAAGUGGGGACUUUACAGAAGAUGGGCAAAAAUAGAGGGAGAAGUGAGCACGUUCAGAUCCAUUUACUAACUUACAUGACUUUUUUUACCUAUUUCCAGGAAGUGCCUUUCAAUACGACCUUUUACAAAUCGCCAAUUGUGAUUCUUUCCGUAAAUCAUGAGUAUAAUCUUAAGGUCAAGGGAAGUCGUCCUCCAGAAAAUAAUAUAAUAUCAGCCUGGCUAGAGGUAGGUUUGCUUUUUUAUUCUAACCUGAUAAACAGCCCGCCCGACAUUUCGCGCGACGCCACCACUAGUUUACCCACAAAAUGAGGAAAACCCCGAAAACCCCGUUUCACGACGCAAUUACUGGCUUUCCCGUGAAAAGACGUGUGUGGAACGAGUGUAGAAAUUCCAUACUGAUGACGUGUACUUCCCAGAUCAAGAUAGUGCUUCUGAUUGGUCAUGCUGCAAAAUAAAUUUUCUUUAACCAAUCAAAAGCACUGCAUGCCCAGAUCUGCGUAGUGACACAUCAUCAGUACGCAAUUUCUGCUCUCGUUCCUCAGACGUCUUUUCACGGAAAAGCCAGUAAUUGCGUCAUGAAACGGGGUUUUCCUCACUGGGUUAUUUUCUUGAUGGUCACUUGAGGUUAAUGAUAAUGAACAGGGAUUUUUUCAGUGCUUUGCUACAUUAGUCUAUUCAACUGUUUGCUUGAACUCUCACGACACCUUUGAGACCCAAAAGCGCAUAUCCCUUGUUCAAUCAGGGGAGAGAAGAAAUCCGUCUAUUUAGACUGGGGAAACUUUCGCAAAAGAGAACUUCUGUCGGCAAAUUUGAGGAAAAGUUGGUAAACACACUUUUCUAGAUGAGAAUUAUGUGCUGAACACGAAAAUUUUGUUUACCAAGGUUGGUUCCACCAUUUAGACCUUGAAAUCAGCCGUUAAGGUUAGUAUUAAUAAAUUGUGACAUGAAAACGAGGCUGCAUGUUGUAUGAGGAUGUAGAGUACUCUCUAACGGUUAAAAUUCGUUCAGAUCAACAGGUGACUGAUACAACUUAUUACUUACAGUACCUCGCAGAAACCGUCUGAAAAUCACGUGAUUUUUCUAGUCACGUGACCAUUGAAAACGGGGUUAUAGGCUAUUCAGAAUUUUGACAAAUUUGACGGCACAGUAAAAAAAGAAACAAAAUUACCAAUCCAGCAAUUCGCUCCAAUAGUUACAGCAGCUAUAGAAAUUUAAUUUUCAGCUAUUUCCUAAGAUAUUUACAGUAAGUUUGCGAUCUAUAUAUUGCGGACACCUUACUUCCAUUUUCAAGUAUUGAAUUUCUAGAUGUUUGCAAAAUCCUUGAAAUAAUUAACAAAAACUGCAUUUUCUUAAAACUACUUUUAACUUUCACGCCCUAACCAUUCUGGAUACAUGCUCUACUUAUAACUAAGAAGGAAGGUCAUAACAUUCGAUUGAUUGCAGCCAUUUUAGAUGCGUCUGAUGUCAGCUUCUGAAACAUAUUUAAGACCUAAAUUGAUAUUGUAAACAUCAGACAUCCUACAGGACGAAAAUUAAAAAAACCCGUUAUUAGUCCAUAGACAAUUAUAAAACAAGAAUAAAAAUUUGUUAGAGACGCUAAACGCUUUGUUCUGCUGAACUGUACCAUUUACUGUCCUUGGUUUGCAAUGACAUUACCAUCAACUUCAUUUCUGCAAUUGAGAUCUUCAGUGCUUCUGCAUUUUCAUGCUCCUGUACACGGCAGUCUAACAUUCCGGCAGCUGAACCUAUUUGUUGAACAUCCUGAUUUGCAGCUACAGGUAAUCAUCUCGGUACAGCUUUCGGGUACAGGCUAGGGGCAAGAGUCAUUAACUUAGGCACGAGCUUUCCGUCAUCAGAAUUAGUCCAUCCCAUAGUUUCUGGAAGUGGGAGGGUGGGGUUCGUUUUAUGGGCUUGUCUCCAUAACAUUGCUUGAAAGCGUGCGCUAGUAAUAUGCCAUCAUGCUGCAUCACUUGUGUGGGGAAGUGCCUCUGGGAAUCGGCACCAACCAAACAACGUCGCACGUGCUUUAUCACAUCCCUCUGCAUUAGCAGCAUUGUACACUGCAAAUGAAUUUUUCUACGGACUUCACAGUCGUGUCAUCCAGGUCUCCAUCUGCAAAACUUUCCAAUAGCGUUUGGUGAUGAGGUGAUGAGCAAAUGCCUUCCAGGCAGUUUUCUUGCUAUGCUUAGCAAAGAAAGAGACCGUAUCACAGCCUUUUAGCGCAUGAAAAGGAAAGAUGGCUUCCCUGUACCCAUCAAAUGCAACUUCUAUCCGGUCAUAGUCCUUUCCACAGACAAGGGCAGCUUUCAAAAAUCUAUCUACGAGAUCGUCGAAUUUGUUACACUCUGAUGGUCUUCCUAGAGCCAUGACUAAUUCUUGACCGGCAAUUACUAUUGUCGAUCGUCCUGGGACUGGUGUGACCCGAGGAUGUUCCAUCCCACCCAAGACAGCAGCUCUAUUAUCACGGAUUGAUUUCCAGAUUGUGGCUGACCAUUGGUAUCUGCGAUAGCAAGCGAAACAGAGACUAACUCGUAGCUGAAGCAAAUCUACUCUUCUACCAGCAUCGUACGCUGUAAUGAUGCGCUGGAGGAUCAUUCUGUCAGUUUCGAUAGCGGCAGCCUUUUCUCUUUCUUUCUUUUCAGCCUCAUAAGGAGAAACAAAUGUCACGGCUUUACUUUUGGGAAGAGGAUCCCUAAGCUUCUUACAAUUCUCAUCUUCGUUUGGGAUCAUAAGUCUUUCUUUAACAAAAGUAUCCAGUUGUUUUUUGCCGAGGCUGCCUGCUUUCAACAGAGAUUCUCAUCUAUCUGUGUGGUUGCCACGUCCUUAGUAACCAUGUUCUUUAAUCUCUCAAGAACCGUUUCUGCUUGUUGAUUGACGUUGAAGAUGUCAGUUUGCCUGAUGCAGCAACAAGCCACAACAACACUGCGGCACGGUCAUCUUUAGCUAUAUCUAUUGAUCGAGAUAUACUUCGUUAAAAUUAGCAAUUUCACGGAAUGAUACUUGCCCUCAGCCACAAUUAGGUCAUUCACACCCGACACACGCAAGGAAAGGUCGUGGUCACACAUUGCUGCAACAAGUAUCCGCUGACUCAUUUUAAACGUUGUCAUUGAGAACAGUAUUUGCUUUUUAAGCAUUGACCCGUCUUAACAUAAAAUACACAGUUCCCAUUCGAUAGAAGAGUUUUGCUGCGGAGAGCUGAACUUGCAGCCAUUUCUGGCAGUGGAUGGGUAUCCUUCGACGAAUCAAGCGAUUUCCUUAAUCUACUUAAUUAUAUCUUACCCUUAUCAGUCUACUUUGCAUAGCAGCUCUUGUGCCAGCUUAAAUCCUCAGCUUUGUUUUGCUUCGAUUGCCUCCAAUAUCGCGUCUGUUACAUCUGUAUUGUUUGUGUCUCCUAAUUUUCUUUGUUCUUCAGAGGACUCUUUCAGUAACGCAGGCCUUGCUGUAUUGCGUUAAAGAAGAUAUCUUUUUUCGUUUCCUGGCAUAUAAUGCAUUUACUGAAGGAGAGUGUAAGGGCAGAUCUCUUCCAACUUAGCCGCUUCUCCAACAUUAAAAAUCAUGUAAUCCACGAAAACAAUCUUUCCAUGCAACUCUCCAUUAUAAAAGUAACUCGAAUGAGCAGAAUGGUUUUUGGAAUGAAACGUAGAGCCUGACUUUCGUUUUCUAGCCAGGGCCAACGCUUCAUGCAUUUAUAUGGGUUUGUUUGGUUUUUUUUGGCCCAGCAAAAAGGGUUUUUAAAAACAAGUUAUCCAUCCAUCAAAAAUCACAAUGCUGGAGAAGUGACUUGCUUAAAGCUUUACUGUUAAAAAGUACUUAAAAGAUCGACUACAUAAAAUCAUUAAUUAAAUGGAGGAAAACGAAAAAUAAAAUUCAGCGGCUACCUUUCUGUUGAAACAAACAUAUGACACGCUGCACUGACUUUCGUUUCCUAGGCAAAGUCAAAGCUUCAAGCAUUAAAAUGGGUUUACUUAUUUGAUAAUCUUCGUAGCAAAAGAACAUUUUUUACAAGUUUUCCAUCCAUUAACGUUGGGGUAGUGAUUUGUUUUAAGCUAUACAUUGGUAAGAAGAUGGAUGAUAUAAAAUCGUUGAAUGAGGGAAACACAACGCAGGAUAAAACUUGGCGCAACCUUUUUGCUGCCAGAUCUAUUUUUUUUUAAUGCUCGCACCAGAUGUCACUAGUCCUGAUGAAGACCUUUUGUACUAACUGAAAUAUAUUCCUUAUUAAAAAUACCCUUGGCAUAGUUCAUCCUAAAUCAAAACUGGUUUUAUUUAAAAGAAAAUGUUUCCUUCAGAUAGUUAUACGACGAACACACUCGUCAACUUCUUUUCAGGUUUCAGCCGUCUAUUAGUUUAUUUCAUAACAAAAAAAAAUUACAGUUAGCUAAUUUGGGGCAAUAAUUUGAGUCAAAUGUGGUUUUGAAAAGCGGGGAAAAUUUUAGCCUCGUUUCCAUGUCCAGAAAUAAGCUCAUUUUUUUCGAGGUCAGAUUUUGGGGUUAAAAACUCAAAAUCAAGCUUGGUAAACAAAUUUUUGGUGUUCAGCACGUAAUUUUCAUCUAGAAAAAAGUAUUUACCAACUUUUCCUCGAGUUUGCCGACAGAAGUUUUAUUAGCGGCUUUUUACCAAAAGUUGUCCCAGUCUAAUUCUAGUAAAUUUGUAAAAGGACUGUGAAAACUGUGAAAAAGCCAUAAGAAAACAAUAAUUUGGAUCUGAUCCAUGAAUUUCAUGACUUAAAGGUAUCGUCGUAGAAAUCAAGAAGAAAUUAUGGAUUUUCUAGUAACUGAUGAGUGCUAUCACAUUUUGCUGUAGGAAGUUGGAUUAGAAUCUAUGAAGGUCUGCGUUAAAGACCUCAGUGGAUUAGGAUCGAGUCAUGAUCCCUUGAUUGUCAGCUACUCUGUUACUGGAGGUUGUUUAUAAUUUUCCUAUUGUAAUGAUAACUAUUUCUAGUAAGAACUAUUGUUAUUUUUAUUAUCAUUAUUACUAUUAUUUUUAUUGAUACCUUUUAGAAGUUCUUAUAUGUAGGAAUACAUUUCAUGACAUAAUUAAAGAAACACUGGAGUAAAAACCCUGAUAUACCUUAUUCAUGUUACACUCUAUCUUUGCACGAACUUUAAGACUGAUCAUUGAUGGGAUAAGAGCAAUUAGAGGGCACACAAGUAAUAAAAUUGCCAAUACUAGUAAUAGAGUAAUCGCGGUCGGGUUUGUUUAUUCCCUCAAAAAAAAAAAAAAAGACGACCAUUUUUGUCACGCAAAAUGCAAAAUGUAAACUUUGACAAGUUUUACGUCACAAUUCCUUGCUGUGAAGAUUUCUACUGUAACAUUGCUUUAAUUUAUUCCAUCAGUCCUUAAGCGCGUGCAGAGAUGGCGGGUAUCGUUAAUAAGGUCUACUAAGGAUAAAAAAAAUAACAUUAGUUGAGGUACCUACAAGCAAACAUGUUACUACUACUGAACAGUAACUUAGUUUUAAUUGAAAUAUGAAAAACAUAUUAGACAUUUAUGUUUUUUUCCAAAUGGAUAACUACUCAAUAUUAUGUUUCUUCUUUCUUGGUACAGACCUUAAUCCUUGCCUUAAUGUGCAUUGCCCACGAUUUGGAGUCUGCAGGACCUACAGUCCGCAUGACGCUCGCUGUGAGUGCGAUGACCAAUGCCCCUCAUAUAAAGAUCCAGUGUGCACUGCAAACGGAACAACUUACGACAACCGAUGUUGGCAUAAGUUAAGCUAUUGCAGAGGACUUGAAAAUAAUCUGGUUUAUCACCCUGGAAGCUGUGAAGGUAUAACGAAAAAUAAUUUCAACGAUUUUGUUUUGGCUGUAUUUGCCACAUAAAAUACUCUGGGAGUUAAGCUCUCGAUGGCUUAGAAUUAUAGCUGUUAACGUUGGCUCAAAAUUGAUUGGCUUCAAGCUAUGAUGUUUAUGACUUUUCGUUACUUUUAAGCUCGCUUUUAUCUCCUCAAGCAGGCUAAACAGCAAUAGACAGCUGUAACAAGCUGCUUCGUCUCUCUGCUUUGGCAAACAAACAUAUAGCAGCACAGACUAUAGUCGAUGUUUGAUCUGUGUAAGAUCUUUUAUUCUCUUUUGUCUUGCAAUUUAGUUUUUAUCGCGUAAAAUUAGUUUUUCACAAAUUUGCUCGCGGCAAAUAUUGUGCAAAAAAGUGCAAAAGAGGAGGAAAUCAAAGACAAAGGUAGUAAAUAUCACAUUUACAUACCAGUUUACAUGGAGUUGCAUAAUUGAGGGCAAAUGCAGUAUUUACUAUCUUUGCCCUUGAUUUCAUCCUCUUUUGCACUUUUUUUGUACCUUAUUAGCACUGAGUGAAUUUGCUGAAAAUCAAAUAUUUCCCGCAGUGGCGCGGGCUCCCAAUAUACUGGCAUAUGUUUAUCUUUAUACUGGCAUAUGUUUAUCUUGGGCACUGAAACCAGCACGCAAUAUUAAGCAGCCGCUAUACAUUUCCUUGUUGAAAGGUAGCCGACAUUACAAGUUAUAGCCUAGUUUUAGUUCCGUUUCCACGCUUUUUUUAUCACCACCCUUCGCCGCUUAGAGCUGCACUACAACGCAUGCUAGGGAAGCUACGUGAGCGAUAAUGCUUAAAGAGCACAGUGAUGCUUCCUUAUAAAGUAAUUAAGAGCGUGUCUCCGUAAAAACCGACCAGUGAUUUUGGAUCAAAAAAUUAAUUUCCCUUAUAUUCUGGGAUAUUAAAGCCUUGACCUUAGUAGUUACAAAAAUACAUUUCGUUUGACCGAAAGUGAUAAAUAUAUUUUUUUACGAAUUUUUGAAUUUCCGGACGAUUAGCGCUGGCGUCAUAGCCUUUCAAACUGCAAAAAUCGCUAAUAUUGACCGCGCUCUAGAAAACGAACAACUCGCUCAAAAAGCCUGAUUUUCUUUUCCGUAUACAGAUACACCACUGUAGAUUUCCUAGCCAUAUCACAGUUCCGAAUUAUUCGUUUAUUUCAACGGCAAUGAUUUUUUCCCCAGCACGUGUUUUCGGCUUUCCAUCAAAACACGAAAGUAGCUCAACUUUGAGGGUAAUUUUAAAAAGUGUGGCACCUGUCUGAACUUCGCUAUCUGUAUGAAUACAAUCUAGGAAUGAUAGUAAAACACAAAAAGGAAUAACAUUUUUGUGCUCUCCACGUUUUCAGAAGAGACCGCCGUUUGAAUUUCCAGAAAUUUCGUAAACUUGAUAAUUAACGAACACUCGCCUUGUCGAUCUGCUUGUCAAGGUCCAACUUCAUUUGAUGGCGUGAUGUAUCUUAUCCAAGUUCUUUCACAUUUUAAGGUUAUUUCUCAAUCAUCUGAAACUAUAUUGGCCGUUGAUUCCAUGUCCUUUGUCCGUUUAAAGAAGUUAUCUGGUUUAUAAAAUGGCAGCCAUCCGCGAGCGUGACUGGUUCGUGACACCGUCCUGAAAGGUCUUUUGCUAAAAUUAGUUGGGUGCAAUCUUGUUCAUUGAGAUUAUACUCUUCAAGACAUCGCAGUGAAAUUUGUAGGGCAAAUAAAACACGUUCCUUUGCAAAUACGACGCGAUGAGUCGCUGACAAAGCGUUUUAACCAAGUCUUCUGACAAACUCGAAAAAUGCGUGACUUUGUAUUUCAUCCCCAGUUCUCCUGCAUUGGGUGAUGACCUGAACAAAUACUACCUCGUUCACUUGUUUAUUAACUUCUUAGGUUGUAAUGUCCCUCUUGGUUUUUGUAGAGGAUAUUUUUGCUCCUGAAGUAGCCGCUUUAACUCUAAAAACAUCGAAUUUUUUGUUUAAAACCUGUCCUUCAACGGCAUCUUUUAUCUAGUUUGUAUAAAAGUAAUAGAGAGCGUCAUCAGUUGCGAGGGUGACACGGUUGUUUCGUAACAUUUUCUGUAAAGUUCGAUGUAAUUAACAUUGAAUCGCCAUACUUCGAUACAUUUUCUUCUUCAGCUUAACAUAAACACACUGACAAAAAUGGUUCAACACAUUUCAGCUAAGAGAAUUGAGAAACCAUGGCCACGCUACUACAGUUUCCACGUCCUUCCCAGGACCCCACGCUGCGCGGAAAUUCAUUGAACUGGACCCUGGCAUUCACAUUCCGUGCUGUUCUCAUAUCCUUUUCAACCUGAACAGGGUCCGCCUUGCGGCCAGUUCGCUCACCAAUUUCAAACUUGGCUGUAAGAUAUUCUUUAACCUCACGAGAAAACCGGAUGGAACCUGCGUGGGCCUUGCUUAGUGCCCAUCCCAUCUGCAGGGUUUCUACGUCAGUUGAUGAUUCGGACGCCAACAUAAAUGGUGUAGAUUUUUUCACAGCCACAUCCACUGAUGUAAAUUUUGUUGCCCAGUCCUUUCUGAUCUUGUUUACUCAAGUCUGGGCUUAGAGAAGAUAAUGUCACAGUUUUUCAAAUUUCAAUGACCAUGAAAGUCAGAUUCCGGGUGGUUAGUUAAUCAAUUGUGGCUCUGAAAAAAUUUGAAGGAAAAAAAACUACGAAUUUUUAAGAAAAUGCUGUUUUCGUGAGAAGGCUCUUAAACGCUGACAAACGUCAACAAAUAGCGAAAACUAUAAUUUCUAUAUGUUUGCUUUGCUCGAAAUCGCGCGCAUUUACAAGGCCCUAAAGCUCUUUGGUGACUUGCAAGGACCCAUCUGUUAUAACGAUGCCCAGAAUAAAGGGAUGAAUCUCAUAGUUUAUUAGAUAUAAUCGUGUACAGUUUGCUUAUCAUUUUCGCAUAAAUUAUGACCUAAAUUUGGAAACCGCUGAAUUUCUCGAAUUGGGUCUUUGCGAUUUUGGUUGGGCAAGGCACUAAUGCGCACUAUGUGUAGCCGAGAAAUUUUCACGAAAAAAUACCGGCAACAGCAGAUUUUUGACUCAGACCUCAAAGGGGCGUGGCAUUAUAACCACAUGACAUUUACUCCGAUCGCCAAAAAUUUUAUCUUAUAUUGUAGAUUGAUCUAUACGUUAUACAUUCUAUGUGUUAGACUUACGAUAAAAGUAAAGGUGGGGAUACCAGAGAGCUUCAAAGUAGGAUGGUACCCCCCCCCCCCCAAAAAAAAAACUGGGUCGAGUCACCUUAAACACACCUUGUCUCUUCAUAUUCCCCUAAUUUCUCACUCUCAGUGUUUUCCCCUCGCCAACGUUUAUUUUCCUCAUAUUUUUGUCUUUGCUUCUUGACACAAGUAGUGCAAAUUGCUGUGCAUUAAAAAGUAUCACAAUGAUGAAUUUAACUUUUAGUCAAAGUCGAUUCGUAGCGUAAAAUUUAUUUUUAGAACCAACACUGAAUUGAUAAUUGACAACUGGCAAAAUAAACUCAAAACAGUUUUUAAUCUCGCGGUUAGGUCUUGAGGUGUUGGAAAAAUAGUUUUCAGGAUAUAGCAUAUAGCAGGGUUAAAAAACGUUUCAAAUACAAAAUCCCCGAUACUCACAAAAUAGGGUUUUUAAAGAAGGGGAACAUUGCCAAGUGUUUCGCAUAAUUUCGUGGGUCACGUGCAUGUAGGCUACUUUACCGAAAUUAUCUCUUACUUUGAAAAAUAGAACGCUAUGAAUCAACGUAAAAAAUAGACAGUCCUGUAAAGACAUUCUAAGCACCUUUUAAAUCUCGCAAAAAUCCAGGAAUACUUGUGUAUUUUUGAACGUCUGUGUUGUAACAAAUAUACUUGUCCUAAUUAUACUAACGUGCUUGACCAAACAAUGUAAAACAAGAAUGUUCAUUUCAUACUUGUUAUUUACUCAAUCCAAGAUUUCUACACUUACAUCGUGGCACUGUUGCCAAAAAAUAUAACUGGUUAUGAUAUAAAUAGCCGGAAAAAUAAACACCUUAUGGAACGAUUCCCUUUCAAGGUUUUACAACAACGUUGAAUGGUUAUUCCCUCGACCUUCUCUUUUAGUCUUUAUUUAUAAUUAGAUUUAAAGUUUGUUACACAAUUCUGAAUACUUGACCAUGACAUUUACCUUGGUUUUAAGAGUUCUUUUAUUCUAUUGAAAGUUAAAAAGUAAAGGCGCCUCACAUACGUCGGUACCUCGAAAUGAUCAUUUCAUCAUUAUCUGAAAGACAAACCUUUUUAAACGCCCUCUUCAUCAGUACUCCGUUUUACGGGUAUUUAAGCUACUUGAAGCUACACGGAAAGAAUUUCUCACACCUGGCCAUGGACAUCAAUCUCAAGACCUCUCACACAGAAGACUCCAAGGGCUACGCAAUAACCAACUGUGUCAAUCGUUGCUCCUCAAAAAAGGGAAAACGUAAAAUAUUGUGUAGUAGAAUGCCUACCUGACCCAAUGGGAAUUGUGAUUCCAAAAAUUGCGUGAAUAUUCUUGGACAUCUCCAAGUUGAUAACAUGAUUAUUUUUUAGCUUUUUCCUUGCUCCUGAAUGAAGAGGAUAUUGACAUGUCCUCAAAGGACGCCAGUUGCGACCCAAAUUAUGUCUGUGUUUUCGACACACGAACAUUUCUUCUUGCCGGUGUUUUGGCACAUCGAAUAGCCCCGCCCUGACUAGUAUCAGUUCGUACUCCAUCAUUCCAGAUAGUUUUGAAAGAUGGCAUGUCUUCAAGUGGAUCGUUAUAUCUUCCUGGCAUUCUCGCAACCUACAUACUGUAUCCGAACCUCGAAAACCUCCACAACUAGAUUUUCCGAAGCCCGAGAAAGAACACUUUACUGUAUCAGUAGCCAUGUUACCCCUUGUUUGAUUUGUGUCCAGUCCAGAAGGACUGGGGAUGAAAUACAAAAAGUCGCGCAAAUUUCAACUUUAAUCUGAACUGGGUUAAAUCGCCUUGUUAGCGACUCGUCGCGUUUUAUUUGCAAAGAAAAGUGUUUUAUUUGCUCUACAAAUUUCCCCGCGAUGUCUUAAAGAGUAAUCUCAAUGAACAAGAUUGCAUCCAACUAAUUUUAGCAAAAGACCUUUCAGGACGGUGUCACGAACCAGUCACGCUGGCGGAUACUGCCAUUUUAUAAACAAGAUAACUUCUUAAAACGAACCAAGGACAUGGAAUCAACGGCCAAUAUAGUUUCAGAUGAUUAAGAAAUAACCUUAAAAUGUGAAAGAACUUGGAUAAGACCCAUCAAGCCAUCAAAUGAAGUUGGACUUUGACAAGAAGAUCGACAAGGCGAGUGUUCGUUAAUUAUCAAGUUUACGAAAUUUCUGGAAAUUCAAACGGCGGCCUAUUCUGAAAACGUGGAGAGCACAAAAAUGUUAUUCCUUGUUGAGUUUUAUUAUCAUUCCUAGAUUGUAUUCAUACAGAUAGCGAAGUUCAGACAGGUGCCACACUUUUUAAAAUUACCCUCAAAGUUGAGCUACUUUCGUGUUUAGAUGGAAAGCCGAAAACACGUGCUGGGGAAAAAGUCAUUGCCGUUGGAAAUAAACAAAUAAUUCGGAACUGUGAUACGGCUAGGAAAUAUACAGUGGUGUAUCUGUAUACGGAAAAGAAAAUCAGUCUUUUUAAGCCAGGUGUUUGUUUUCUAGAGAGCGGUCAACAUUAGCGAUUUUCGCACUUUGAACGGCUAUGGCGCCGACGCUGCCCGCCCGGAAAUUCAAAAAUUCGUAAAAAAAUAUAUUUAUCACUUUCGGUCAAACGAAAUGCAUUUUUGCAACUACUAAGGUGGAGGCUUUAAUAUCCCAGAAUAUAAGGAAAAUUAAUUUUUUGAUCCAAAAUCACUGGUCGGUUUUUACGGAGACACGCUCUUAAUUUAUUACAAAACAGGUUUUCCGAUUGUUCGGGGCCGUGUAGAUCUGCUACAGGUUCCAAAAUGGUCAGAUUCAAACUGUCAGACAGUCACUUUUCCUCCAUACCGGUUUUAUCCGGAUAAACAAGUUCAUGUUCUAAUAACCGUCAAUCACAUGAAGCUGAAUGACUCUGUGACAGUCCACGACGCUGUUACUUCAUGGACAGAAAGUAUCAACACAAAAAACUUCACCGUCUGUGUCAUGCAAACCGGGAGGAAAGAAGAAGGCGCGAAUCCAUUUGCCACCAUUGAUUGGGUGGCUUAUCAAGGAGCACCACCCGAAGGCUUGACGGGAACGGUUGAGUUGCAGAAAUGGUGGUCUGGUACCAACUGCGCAGAUGUAACCUUUCCUACGGUGAGAUGGGAAUGUACAUACUAAAUUAAAUAAUUGAUGCAAGUUCAAUUGAGGUCUCCAUGACGAAUGUUAGACUUUCAUUCAUGUGACAUCUUUAACCCAUGUCUUGAAAAAAAAAAACAACAACAACAACAACAACAACACCAAAAACAGCAAAAAGCAAAACAAAUAAAUAGUAAAUAAUUGGAAAAUUGAGUCUUGUGACCCUUAGCCUAAACAUGACAGAUUUAAUCACGACUGGUCUGCGUAACAAAAGAAGAAAAACAUCAAGAGCGAAACUGUGAAGGAGAGACCUCCUUAACAUCCAUUUCAACAAAAUGAAGCGCUAAUCUGAUACAAAGAAGCAGCUUAUAACAACAACAACAAAACAACAACAACAACAAAACAAAAACACAAAAUAUUUGUUUAUCUAUUUGAACUAACUGAAUGUGGAAAGACAAGAAUUCACAUCUUAAGUUAAAGAACAUAUUAAAACUUUCCUUGAACUAGAAGAAUGAGACACAAAGUUAACAAAAAAUAACCGAUCAUUACGAGGUAACUGGUGAGAUGAUUGCUAGAUCCUCUAAAAAGUUGUGACCGACUUAGCGACUUAGUUAACAAGACAACAUUAGGUAACAAGUAAGAAUGGGAACUUACUUAGUGGUUAGUUUCAAGUAAUUUUGCUGCUAUAUUUAAAAAAAGCUGUUUUGAUUGUUGUUAUUGCUUUUUCUUCAGGGCAAGUUUGCCGAGGCGCCAAUAGUCCUUGUGACGUCAGAGCACCUGAGGACUGGUAAAGAGUAUGAUGCUGCUCUCAUUUGGAUUGAAGACGUAACAAAGGACUCAGUUAAAGUCUGUCUUCGUGAAAUGCAAAACUUUGACGGUAGACACCAAGAUAUCACUGUGGUACGUUCAUAGUCAGAUUUUAAAAAACUGGAACGCGAAUGUCCACAAAAUUUGUGAGGAAUGCUCGCCUGGUUUUGUUAAAAAUAACAGCGUUAAGGGGAAAAAGCAUUGCUAAUUAAAAAUUGUCCGGUCGAUCGCGAGUGAUGAUCAGUCAAACGAAAGGCAAUGCAGAAAGAAAAACAUAAAAAGAAACGGAAAUAAUAAUAAUAAUAAUAAUAAUAAUAAUAAUAAUAAUAAUAAUAACAACAAUAAUACUAAUGAAUAAUAAUAAUAAUAAUAAUAAUAAUAAUAAUAAUAAUGAAUAAUAAUAAUAAUAAUAAUAAUAAUAAUAAUAAUGAAUAAUAAUAAUAAUAAUAAUAAUAAUAAGAAGAAAUGAAUUGAAUAGCAUUACGGGCGGUGAAUUUUAAAUAGCACACAAAUUGGUCUUCCUUGUCCCCAUGCCUCCCUUCACGCUCUUUCGUGAUUCGCCUGAUGUCUCAAAAAAAUGUGGAUUUGCAUCCUUUUCUUGAGUCUUUGCGCUCUUUGUUAUGUCACAACUUCAUAGAGUUCAAAAUACUUAGAUUCAAAGGGGCCUAAAAAUGAUGAGUUUAUUUGAAUUUUUUGUUGGUGUAAUACGAUUCUGUCACAAGACUAUGGGUGGCAUCACUUUUGUUUUUACCUCUUUUCACAGAACUGGUUUGCCUUCUCUAAACUGCACAAGCCUCUUUUCACCGAACAUGGUGUCAUAAGUUUUCCAAAUACGAAGCCACCUUUGGAUAAAAUGAACAAUGCUUAUUGCCAGGUGAGAAAAGGAUUCUUUGCAAAAGCAGUGAGUAGCAUGCUGUUCACAGCAUUUUCCCUCACAGAUAUAUGGCUUACUUACAUCCUUGUUUAUAUUUUCAAAACACUUUUAGUCAUAUACACUUUACGCAAUAGAGAUCAAAGUGACUAGAAAAGUAAAGAAGCUGGUCCACUAAACAAUACUUUAAGACAAGAGGUAAAAAACUACAGACUGAUAACGUCCCUCUUAACCAUCGACAAAGUGUUUGAGCAACUGCUCUGUAAACAGGUGACUGUGAAACUCGACCACAUCUUUUCUAGCCUAAGCACUGCUUACAGAAAGGGACACAGCUGUGAGACCACUCUACUACGUUUGAAUGAGGACUGGAAGCUAGCAAUAGACAGAAAAGAGCUAGUAUGUAUUCUAUCGACUGAUAUGAGUAAAGCGUUUGACUCUCUCAGCCACUCGCCGACACUAACAAAGCUUGAAGCGUACGGUUUUGAGUCCUCAGCGUUGGACCUCACGCGAUCAUUCUUUAACAACCACCAAAAUGUUCAACCCCCUGCUCUGGAACGUAUUUCCGAAUGACCUGCCCUGCUCCAUAACUACCGCUAAACUUUCGAUAUAUGUAGACGAGCACCAGUUGUACACCUCACGGGCUAAUUUUACAGCUGAAAGGGAAGCCUUAUAGCAGGAAGAUCAACUUGCCGCGUCUUGGUAUCGUGAUAAUGUUCUACUCACAAAUCCUGACAAAUUCCAGGCGAUGAUCCUUUAUAAUAGAGAUAUUGACAUUGAAGGAUAAUACACUGAUAUAAGCAUAGAUGGUAGCUAGGGUCAUUACAAACACAGAUUACAUCAAACUACUUGGCGUCCACAUUGAUUGUAGUACGAACUUCAGUAAUCAUAUUAGUGAACUGUGUGAGAAAGUCAGUAAGAAAGUAGGGAUAUCCUAAUGCGCCUGCCCAAAAUUGUUUCCUGCUCAGCUGUAAGUCUUCUAUAAGUCUUCCAUCCUGCCUUAAUACCUUACCUACUGCCAGCUGGUAUGGCACUUCUGCAAGGCCUCAGACAGCAGGAAAAUAGAACGCCUUCAAGAAUGUGCGUUAAGAACGGUAUACAGAACUAAGUCUGCCUCUUAGCAGACAAUACUAAAAUAUCAGGACUAACCAAGUUGCAAAAUCGUAGAUUGCAGGAUAUAGCAAUACUUUUGUACAAAGUCAAGAACAACCUCGCCCCUAUCGACUUAGCAGAACUUUUCAAUUUAAAUGAUUCGAGGUAUUCUCUGCGAAACAAGGACUUUCAUUUACCUCCUAGAUUCAAUACUGAAACCCACGGCAAACAUUCGUUUCGUUACUUUGGACCUUUACUAUGGAAGAGACUAAACAACAAAGUCAAGUAAUCACCUAGUCUUCAGUCUUUCAAGAACGCUAUCAGAUAUUUAGAUAUUUCUGGUAUUUUAUUAUUUUUUCAUUAUUAGCUUCGCCAAAAAAACAAACAAACAAGCAAACAAACAGAAAGAACAUUGGGUCAAGAUACUAAUAAAAAAAUAAAAGCAAGAAAUAUUAAAAAACACAGCGAUAGAAGAAAAACUACAGCUAGUAUACUUACAACAAGUUAUUGGACGAGACAAGGGACGAGCACUGUUACAUUUUAAACAGAUAGACUUGAACGAACGUGGGUCUUUGCAAUCAUAAGAAACAGCUAACGCGGACUUAUAGUAAUUAAAAAUAACCUAUUUAAAGGAGGCUAAGGUCGAUGAGCUCAAAUCUAGUUCAUCCACUAAACAAUUCCAAAUUCCACUGGUUGUAAUGAGAAAGGAUUUCUGGUACGUAGUAGUUUUACAUUUCUUAAUUAUGUAUUUAUUAACAUUGCUGGUUGACGAUCUAGUGCGUCUACCGUAUUUGCGAACUUCAGGUUAGGACAGAGGAGUUCACGUUCAAGACCGUGUGUCAAUUUAAAAAAAAAAAAAAAAAGUUAGAUCUAAAAGUUCAUGCCAGUAACAAAUAGGUAUUAGGUUUAGAGUUUGGAAACGAGACUUAAAACUUAUAUUAGAAGAAUAAGUCGUGCGUCUUUGGACACGCUCAAGCUUGACAAUGAGCUCGAUGGACUGCGGGGCCCAAAUUUGGGUGGCGUAUCUAGGGCUGGGUAUAGCGUUCCUCUUACGUCGGUUCUAAGUAUGAACCUCGUGUUCCUCUUUAAGUAUAAACUCGUUUAUUAGCACGCGAAGAUUGUUCGUUUACUUGUUUGUACCAUGUCAGAUCCUUACUAAUCCAUACGCCCAUAUCUUUUUCUGCAACAUAUCACAAGUGCGGUGUUGUUGAGUUUGUAAGAGGAUAAGAUCGGCUUUGUUUUCCUCUUUAUGUGCUGCGUCUUACACACUUAGCUUCGUUAAAAGAAGACCGGAUGAUUGAGACCAAGUUACAAGCUUACCAAGGUCUUUCUGGAGAGAAGAGACGCCCCUCAAAUUCUUAAUCUCUCUGAAUAUUUUUGUGUCGUCAGCAAACAUCAUUACUCGACUACUAGAACUGAUGACUUCAGGAAGGUCGCUGAAGUAUAAGAGGAAGAGCCGGCUGGUCCAGAGGUAACAGGAAGAUCCUCUGAAGCGGCGCCGAGUACCCGUAACGCGUUGGUGUCGACCUGACAGUUAAGAGCAGAACCAGUUAAGCAGGUUGCCACCCAUACCGGCCUGGAUUAGCUUAUGGACGAAGCGCCUGGGACUGACUUUGUCGAAAGCUUUUGACAUAUCAAGGUAGAUGGUGUCAACCUGGCCGCCACUAUCUAAAUUAGUGAACCAAUGUGGCCAAAAGCCUCAAGCAAGUUGGUGACGCACGAUCUUCCAGUACAAAAACCAUGUUGUUUAGGUGAAAUUACAUGGUACAGGUGGUCCUUGAUGCUAUUCAACACACAACGCUCAAAGACCUUGGACACUAUUGGGAGUAGAGAGAUGGGACGGUCAUUUUCCACGUGGUCUUUUGCACCCUUUUCGUGGACAUGCACGACGUUAGCUAGUUUCCAGUCCCUCGGGAGAGACCCUAGUUGAAGUGAUUUGUUGAAGACCCUACAUAAGGAAGGAGCAAUCACUGAGGCAGUCUCCUUGAGCAAUUUAGCAGGGAUUUCGUCCGCCCUGUGGCUUUAUCGACUUCUAGUGCUUUGAAUGCAGCUAGAAUCGUGGAUUCAUUGAGAGUUAGAUCGGAUAUAAUAGUGUCCGAACGUAUGCACGCUGUCUUCUACACUGCGCUGUCGAUAGUAAAUACAGAGGCAAAAAAAACUGUUAAACAGGUCAGCUAUUCCCGCAGGUGUAUCAGCACUUACUCUUGAAGGAUUCUGUGACUGGUCAGCGGAGUAGUCUGGGACGGUUACCAUGGAAACACGGCCUGGGAUGGGAUGAGAUUUAGAGUUAAGCUUCAAAUUGACCAUAAGCGCUUGAGAUUGAAUCUAAAGCCAGUGUCUAUGGAGUCGCAAAAGUGAUCACGGUUUUAGCGAAGCAGUUUCUUAACUUGCGCCCGCAGAGACUUAAACUUAUCCCUCAGGCGGGCGUUCGGAUGUGAGUUAAGUUUUUGGCGAACUGAGCUCUUUUUCUUGAUAAGGUUUAAAAUGUUACUAUCUAUCCAAGGAAGCGGGUUACGGCCUUUCAGUCUCUUCAAUGCCACGAAGUCCUCGACAGCAGCUAGUAAUAAGUCCUUCCAGCACCGCCCGUCAUCAUCUAUAUUGUUAUGGCCCACAAUAGAAGAGAGAUUGAUUGCCGAGAGAGCUUCACGCAAACCUUCAAAAUCACCAAUUGCGUACUCGUGGACAUAUUUGCGCGGGUGUGAGGACGCAUUAACAAAAGAAUUGUACUUAAACAGGACUACACAAUGAUCCGUAAACACAUCGGCUUUAUCAGGUGAGAACACCUCGGUCACUUUGGUGUGUUCUGGGGCACUUGUUAUCACUAGAUCAAGAAUGUUACUACCGCGAGUCGGUAUGUGGUUAAUUUGCGUCAAGAAGUGGUCAUGUAAGGCCUCGAUAAAUGGCAGUUGGUUAUCACCUGAAGCGCUAUUCACGGAGUCCCAGGAGAUGUUCGGCAAGUUAAUAUCACCACAAAUUACCAUAUUUUGAAACUGAUUGCAGACUUGAUCUAGAAAGGUGUUAAAUAAAUAUACCCAACUAGAGUCUGAAUCCGGAGGCCUGUAACAAGAACAGAAUAAUAAUGUAAUCUUCGAAUCAAAUUUAGAAGAAAAUAACUGUGACUGUUGUGACCUUUGCAGAUCCUAAUUUUAUGAUUUUAAGAUUUUUAAGAUUUUAAUGUGUACUAUCAUGAAUUACUAUGUAUUUUAGAUUAGUGUGCCCAAUUAGAAUAUAUCAUUAUAAUUAGUAUUAUCAUAGAUUAUUAUUAUUAUUAUUAUGUAAUUUUAGAUAAGUGCCCCCAAUUAGCCAUAUACGUUUGACACUUAAACAAAGUUCUUAUAUCUUUUUAUAUUGUUAUAUCAGACAUAUAAAGACAUCAAAAUGGCAGUUUGUUCUGUUAAAAUGAUUAAUCGCAAAUAUUGCUUAUUCAAUUGGGACUUCAAAAAUAAACACAAUGACGGGAACUGAAGCUUUUAGUGAUUAAGGAACAGUGUUAAACGUUUUACGUUUCUCUUCCAUGGCAGUUCGUUUCAUUCACGAGAGCUUAUAACUCGACUCCAACAGUUCUUGUCUCAGCCAAUCACAGCACGACGGCAUCUGGGAAUUCAGCACCAAAUCACAACGGAAUUACAACUUGGAUCGAGGUAAAAUUUUCCGUAAUUGGGGAGGAUUGUGGGGAUGUAUCGGGGCAAACAAAUUUCAAACCAACACUAGACGAAAGAUAUAACUGAACAGAGACACAGCUUGCUUUAGGCGAUGUAUAGGUCGAUAAUAGGUGUGGCGCAAAAAUGUACCGAGUGAAGUUGAGAUUGCUUAUCGGCUUCCUUUUGACGUUAAUUAUCGAAUACGGUUAUGGUGUCGGUACAAAUAAUAAUAUCUUUAAAUUAUCAGCAGGGGCCGCGCGCGGUGGGCUCGAACUUCAGAUCUGAUUGUGCGGUUUUAAACGUUACUUUAGAGCGCUUUCCUUGGACACGAAACUUUGCUCCAAUCAUUUGGCUGCUUUCUUCAUCAACAGGGAUCUUUAGCUCCGUCCUUCUGGGCCUCAUAGCUCAUUUUUGCCACUGCCGUGCCCCUUAUCAGGGUAAAAAGGAUAUUUUGGAUAAAAUUUCGAACAUUAAUUCACCAUAUAUUUUUUUUUUAUACCUUUGCUAUUUCUAAAGGAUUCUUUAAUUACUUUCAUCAAACCACAGUGUUAAUUCACGGCGAAUCUUCGCAUCUCUAUGUUACAUAAGAAGACGCAGGAGAACGUUUUAAAAAUAUUCUGGUAUUCUCUUCCUAUUAAUUCAGUUGUUCAUGACUACAAUUCUAGCUGUACUAAACUACGUUGAGUGCUUAUUAUUUUUUUUUCCAGAACAUGAAUACCUCUGGAUUCAGAGCCUGUGUCAAGGAAUUAUACGGGACGAGAUAUGACCCCUUGUCCGUCGGUUAUGCCGUGCUCACAGGUCUGUAAUACUACUGAGUUCUCUUAUGAAGUAUUUUUUAGCAAAUGAAAAAAGAAACGCUAUUUGUUACCGGAUUCAUCUGGAAAUACUUUGGAAAUGCCCCAGACUAAUAACAUAAUGCAAGUUGAUGGUUUUGCAAGUCAUGGCGGAGACAAGGGAGUGCACCUGUUGACAAAAAAGAUUCUUGAAGUUCUUUCACGUUGUAAUUUUCCUCUACCCCUCGAAGAAUUUCACCGUUUAAUUAAAAGUUUUCUUCAAGGAUAAAUAACGAGGAUAAAAGACCUUGCUAGAAAUUAAAGGCACCAUGCUUAAAAAAAUCGUUUGAUUUUUGUGUUUCUUUUAAAAUAGUACAGUCUGUACAUAAAAGUUCGAUAUAUUUUAUCUCUAUGCGAGUGGUAUAUCCCUAUCGCUAGUCUGCUAUCCAAUAAUAUUUUACUAGUACCUUGAAACCAUUAAGCUUUGGAAAACAAUUUCGAAUCACGCUCCUAACAGUACUGCGAGUGAGAUGCUGCUAAGGAUUUAUCAAUCCGGCAGUUUAUUUGAAUGUUUAUAUUUUUGACGCUUACGUUUAUCUGUAUUUCGCAGACAUAUGUGAACCUGGUUGGAACUAUUUCAACGGCUUUUGCUAUUUCACAAGUAAGACUUGUCAAAAUUGGACCACAGCACUGGAUAAAUGCCGACAAGAAAACUCGGUUCUUGUUGAUGUCCAAAAUAACGAAGAAAAUGUGUUUUUACAGCAUCUACACAAUGGAGCAAAAUGCUGGCUGGGAUUGAAUGAUAUUUUUACAGAGGGCUCCUUUACUUGGGCAGAUCGUGGUACUGGGAACUUUACAGCUUGGGCUAAAAACCAACCGAACAAUUUUCGGGAUGAAGACUGUGUGCAUACACUUGGUGUUGAAUAUAAAUAUGAAUGGAAUGACGUGAAGUGCAGUGACUGUCAUCAGUAUACUUGUAAGAAAGGUAAGAUGUAAUGUAUAAGUUUAAUAAUGAACAAGAUAGAAGAAAGUCUACCUAACAAAACGCAUUUUGAUGUGUUAAUCGUGAUAAAUAUAUAGUUUUUUUUUUCAUUUUGAACAGAUCUGAAUGAAUGCAGUAGGGACAAGUAUUACUGCCAUCAGGUCGCCAGCUGCACAAAUUAUCGUGGUUCAUUUAAUUGCACUUGUGAUCAAGGCUACUUUGGAGACGGCUUUGAGUGCGAGCUUAAUUACGCAAGUAUGAUCAGAUAUAAAAUUGCACAGCACUGCAUGUUAAUGAUGAACAGCAGGUUGAUUUAUAGUAAUAGUGCUAGUACUAGUGCUAGUGCUAGUGUCACGCCCUUUUAUUGCGGAGCCGUUCUAAGGUUUUUAAUGGCGAUCAUUCCGUAGCUUCUACUGCUUACAUUCAACGUCUAAGUAUUCGGGUGUCUUUUUGUGAUUUCCCAAACUCCCAUUCUAAACGAGAGUAGCUGCACAGGCGGCAUGGUAUCCUCCUCCUUCUUACGAGACUAAACUUUGCUGUUUACUUCUGUGGCCUGGUUAAUAUUUUGCAUAUUCGGCCUUAUUAUUUCCCCUAGUAUUAGACUCUUGUUGUGAGGGAAGUCAUUCGAGAGCUAAUAAUAUUGUGUUGCAAGGUCAGAAUCCGAUUCGCACUGAAAAAGAGUAUUUAAAUUCCCAGGUCGGUUCGUUCACUUUCACUAUUAACCGCCGCCCGAUUAGCUCAAUUGGAUAAGCGCAGGUCUGCCAACCGGGAGGCUACCAACUCAGAGUCUUUAAAUAACUGAGGAGAAGUUGUUGCCUUGCAAAAGACAUCUGCAAACGGUUAAACUUUUUAGUUUUCUCAUAUAAGGACGAUAAACCGACUAGGCCCCGUCUCACAACCGUUGCACAUAUAAAUUUUGUGGGACGUUAAAGAACCCAAGCUCCGUUCGUAAAGAGUACGGGAAACAGUUCCCGGUGUUGUGGUCUAUCUGUUAUGAUGGGCGGGACUGAUAUGGGCCCGCGGUAAUUGGCGCCACGCGCUGUUGCGGUGACGCUGCCGAGAAUUGAUGAACCUAAUUAAGUAAAUAAAUUACUGAUAACUCUGUCUCUAACUUUUGCAGGGGGUUUGAAACGCUCUACUAUUGUGGGGAAUGAUGCUAACUACUUGCAAUAUUUAAGCACUUGGCUCAAACCCGUUGCUCAGAGCAAAUCUUCACGAUGGAAGCGAUGUUGGCGGGCAUCUGUGGAUGGCUGGGCUGCCAAUACUUUUCAUAGCCGAUGUGACUACAAAGGACCAACUGUAACAAUCAUAAGAGUCGGCGGGAAAUACAUAUUUGGAGGCUACACCAGCCUCUCAUGGGGUAAGUAGUUUGUUUUUUCUAAAACUGGGCAUAUUAGCAUGUAAAAUUGUCUAAGGAAGUACUUGAAGUAGAUAAUGUUAUUACCACGAAGAUUACUAAUAUAUAGAUUUAGCCAGGGCUAAAAGCGAAGCUCCCAUUAAUAAAUUUAUAAUUUAAAUCAAACAAUCAGCUUGCAAUCCACAAAUCAGUUAACUUAAGGGCACAUAUGUGACUUUUUAGGGAAAGCUAAGGCUAAGUGAUUUUAGAGUGAAAAAAAAUCUUACAUUGAAUUCAUAGCCGUAUGUAUACACCCAAAAGAUAACAAUCAUCUUCGAUCCCAUUGAGCAGCCAUAAUGGCUCAUGAUCACAGUAGAUUAGGCCUGGAAAACGAAUACUUGGAAAACAAAUCAGGCCAAAUUUUUUGCGUUCGACGAGUUUACUUAACAAAAUCUUGCCAACAACUCUGGGUGCUCGUAAACCAACAUUUCAUACUUUUUAUACAUCACAUCUGAAGUGAAACAGUAAUAUGAGGCGCUGUUUUUAUCAUACAGACCUCACCAAAAUGCAGUAUUUCACAAUUUUUCAAGACAAAUUGCACUCAUUCAAUAUUCAGAACCGUACGAAGCACGCGUGGGCUGUUAGCAAAACCGUUAAAAAAAUUUCCAAAAUCACAUAUACAGCCAGCCGGUUCUCACUUUUGAGAAGCGCCAAAUUUUCAGUGAACAUUAAAAGAGUUACGCUUCAACAUAGUAAAGAAUUUAUUGUGUGUGUUUUUUUUUUAAUUUAAUGGUUUUAUAACGAUGUGUAAUCUUUAAAAGCGUUUGAUACGCGCGGCAUUACUGCAAAGCGAUGUUUAUGAACGACUGAAAACAAACGGCAAAGCGAUUAAAAUUGCAAGAGACUACUAACAAUCAAUAAAAGAAAUGUAAUUAGGUGAAACAUUUACAGAGACAACAAUUUUCAGUCACGAAGACAAUUAUUAAAGCGUCUCUUUAAGGUGGCUCGACUGGAUUUUUUGGGGUUGAUACCUCCCAAGUUUGAGCAUUAACUACGUCGGCAUGAGUAAAGAUAUCGAAAAAAGGUUACCACAACUGUAUUACAUAAAGAUGAAAAUUUCUUAACAUCUGGGUUUUAUUGCAAUCGGAGUCGCCAUGGCAACGUAAUGACGCCAUUACGUUUUUCAUUUAUCCUUGUGUUUCUCUGUACCAGGAGUUUUUUGAAGAAAUCGCUCAAGGGAGUAUGUACCUGCCAUAACUGCCUCCAAUAUGACAAAGUUUAAAGAAAUUCUAUGAGAGCGUUUUCGAAAUAUUUUGAAAUACACUUUUAAGAAUCAUAAAAACAGUGAAAUAGCAUGCUAGCCGCUCAAUUCGCUAAUAUAUUAAGAAAAUGACAAGCUUUCGGAACGCGGCUUCAUCUCAUAGUGGAUUGAUUCCAUUGAAAACUGCAUACAAAAAAAUUGCUCUGGGCGAUCGCGAGUAAGAAGAAUUUUAUUAACUUGCAUUCAGCUGCUUUUGAUACAGUUUUUGGAGGUAAUUUGGUCCAUGCCUAAAAUUUCGCAUUUUUCAAAAACCGCUCGAUAAAUUUUUUUAAAUUCGACAAUUCCGAGAUCAAUCGUCAAAAAUAUUCCUGCAAGUUUCAAGAACAUUGAAAACAGGGAAGGCUUUUAAAUAGGGACUCAAACAUGACCAAUUUUCCCCCCAGAUUUUGUGUUUACAAGUGAGCGUCUUCAUUAUUCACUGGCAUUGUUUUCAAGUUUCAUAUGCACGUGCACAACUAGCAAAAAUAUAAAUUUGCAUCAAAAAGAACUCUCGAUUACUUUCCGAAGAAAUAUCCGGUAUAUGCUCAUAAUUGGCUUGUCAUCACAGAUAGCAGCGAGAGCCGAAACGGUGAACGUCUCGGCUCAUCGUGUAGGGUGCAAUACUUAAUUAUCUUACUCGGGUUAUAACAUCACAGAAACUCUCACAAAGAGUUGCUCUGAUGUUAUAAUGUAUCACUAACCUCUUUACCCGGUAAUUAGCAUAUCCCGAAGAUUUAACCGAGGGUCUUUUUUGAUGCAAAUUCUAUCUUUUUGCUAAAUGUGCACGUGUAUAUGAAACUUGAAAACAAUGCCAGUGAAUAAUGAGGACGCUCACUUGUAAACACAAAAUCUGUGGGGAAAAUUGACUAUAUUUGAGGCCCUAUUUAAAAGCCUUCCCUGUUUUCAAUGUUCUUAAACUUGCAGGAAUAUUUCUUGACGAUUGAUCUCGAAUUGUCGAAUUUAUAAAAAAUUUAUCGAGCGGUUUUUGGAAAAAUGCGAAAUUUUUAGGCAUGGACCAAAUUACCUCCAAAAACUGUAUCAAAAGCAGCUGAAUGCAAGUUAAUAAAAUUCAUCUUACUCGCGAUCGCCCAGAGCAAUUCCCCUCUUUUUUUGUAUGCAGUUUUCAAUGGAAUCAAUCCACUAUGAGAUGAAGCCGCGUUCCCAAAGCUUAUCAUUUUCUUAAUAUAUCAGCGAAUUGAGCGGCUAGCAUGCUAUUUCACUGUUUUUAUGAUUCUUAAAAGUGUAUUUCAAAAUAUUUCGAAAACGCUCUCAUAGAAUUUCUUUAAACUUUGGCAUAUUGGAGGCAGUUAUGGCAGGUACAUACUCCCUUAAGCGAUUUCUUCAAAAAACUCCUGGUACAGAGAAACACAAGGAUAAAUGAAAAACGUAAUGGCGUCAUUACGUUGCCAUGGCGACUCCGAUCGCAAUAAAACCCAGAUCAUAAGAAAUUUUCAUCUUUAUGUAAUACAGUUGUGGUAACCUUUUUUCGAUAUCUUUACUCAUGCCGACGUAGUUAAGGAUCAAACUUGGCAGGUAUCGCCCUAAAAAAAUCCAGUCGAGCCACCUUAAGCUUAAGAUUAAAGCUUUUAGCCGGCUUUCUGGUGUUUACUGUUUUCAAAGAUGAACUCGAGUCAAGAAAAUCGCUUAAAGCUUUCUUUCUACAGCCAAAAUUAUAACUAAAUACUCUUCCGAACGUUUUUUUGUUUCUAUUUGCGUAGAGAAAAUAUCGGCUAAAGGCUUUUUAAAGCUCUUUAAGCUCAUAUCAAACCUCAUACUAGAUCAGAUCAUUGUCUCAGAUGUUAAUACAAACGAGCAUAAACUGGCCUCAUAAACUGCGCUCGACUUCAUGAAAUUAGAUAUAUAUAUAUAUAUAUAUAUAAAAUUGUCCCAAGCAUCUCUCUCUCCCGUCCUCAUAAACACAAAUAUAUCUUAAUCACAAAUGAAGACAGAAAACAGUUUCCUUUCAAUCCACCUAUAUUUCGAUCACAUUCAGUGAUCUUCUUCAGGGUGACUAACUAGCCGUUAACGUACAGAACUUUUAAAUUGCUGAAUUACGAAGGUAACGCGCGCGCAUCACAACUGAAAUGACUUUUAUUUUAAACGUCUAACGGAAAAUGUCAUAGAUGACACUAUCAUCUCCUGCGCGCGCCCGCGCGCGUCUUGCGGUUCUGGGCGUAAAAACCAUCAUCCUCAUUAAGUCCUUGAGGGCGCAGCGUUCCCAAUCUAUACAUCCACUGUCCCUCCUUCUUCCGCAACUCCCUCUCUCCCAUGGCUCUAUCUAUUAACUGUAUAGUUAAAUGGCUUAAUCCUAAGUGUCCCGAACUAUGAAAAUGCUGGUAAAGAAAAUCGUCAUUCCUCUUAUUUUCAGAAGACAACUUGAGAUGGGCAUUGAUCCUACUUCUGUGAUUAUUGAACCUAGACCGAAAAGUAGUGGUAGUGGAUCCAACAUAUUGAAUGCCACAUACCUUACAAGUAAUAAGAUAAACCACGUUUUUAGAGUUAAAAUUUAAGUUGCAAUUAAUACGGAAUUCCUUCCCAUUGGUUUUGCUGCGGAAAGUUCUCCCCACACACUUUGACAAGCAGCGCAUUUCUCAACCAAAAAUUCAAUAAACAAACCAGCCAUGAAUAACAUAAGACAGUUGAUAGCAGCUGUAUUUCGUUUUAUGCAUCCAGUUAAAAAAGACAGUAAAAAACAUCACAAGUUGACAAAAAACUCAGCUUCAGCUGUCAAAGUAAACAAGUUUCAAGAUGCAUGAACUCACCUGUCAAAUUUUGACCAAUCAGAGCAUAAAAAUUGGACGGUCGUAGAGCGUGAUCAACGCGUGACUAUGGUGAGAAAAGUGAAAAGCCUCUGUCUUCCCUGCUUGUAUUUUAAAAUGACUGGCUGAAUUUGUGCGUCCGAGAUCAGUUUGAAAUCAAAAUGUUAAUAGCGCGGGGCCAUAGUGACAUUAACACAACACUUUCUGUCAUCAUUUCAUUAUUUUACUGCCGUUCUCUUUGCCUUUGUAUUUCUCUUUCGCGUUACCUUUGUCUAUUCACUCUAGUUCUGUCUCGUUCUGCUUUCUCUCCUUCUUCUUGCUCUGACUCUUCCUACUUGCCUACUUUCCUCGCUAAAAUUUUGUCUUCUUCCUCUACUUCUAACGCGCUCUCUUUGGCCAUCGUCUUCGCUUGCUCUACGCGUGUUGACUCUGGCUCUCUGCCGUUCACCUCCUCUUUGCUCUCUGCUUAAAACCUGUCGUCUACACGCUAAAAUCUCUCUGCUGUUGUUUGUUGACAUAAUAGCUUUCGUAAGUUGUACUAAAAAGUUAUAAAGGCUCUGUCGAAAAAUCUUUUUGCCAAGUUGCUUUGAAAUUUCUUUUUUCAAAACCAGUUGCGCGACAUAAUUGCGCGACGUCGCGCUAUGCGAUUUCCCGCCAAAAAAUCUCUACUGUCCCCUACCCCAAGAAUCCAUGCGGAGUACUUUCCACUACCCGGAAAGUCAGUACGGACGGACGUAUGCUGACUUCAUAACCAAAAUUUCUCGGAUGGAUAGUUUACCAAAUUAUGUUAGUUAUGGUGCUCCGCUAAAAAAAGUUUAUUCACACAACUUUAUCAGCCUGGUUCCAUUUUAGUAAAUUCACCAAAUGGGUUGAAUUAUUAUGGGGUUAAAUUCGAAAGUCUCUAUAUUAGAUAAAGAAAAUUGUUGUCUCGUGUUCACGUACCCCCAUACAAAUAAAAUUAGGACGUUUUACGUCGUAUUCGUGCUGCGAAUUCGCUGACAAUUAAAUUCUGUGCUGACGUAUUUUCUUUGCAGAGCUGUUCCUCUCUACAGUGUUUUUCAGGCAAAGUAUUCCGCUCAAGUGCCGUUGUAGUUUUAAAAAAUCAAUAAAAAUGACUAGAACGCGAAUGUGAAUUGAUCUUAAGUUCCUAAGGCUUCCCUUUCCGGCUCUUACAACUAAAGUGAAAACUGUAUGUAAAAGUGCAAGUUAGAUGGGGAAAAAUUUCUACUUAGUAAUCAAGUCUUUUUCUGUUGUAGUUUACACAAAAAAAUAAACUGAGAGAGCCUUUUGAUCAAAGCUACGUAUACUGAUAUCAGCCUGAGUAAUGAAUGAUUUUCCAGUAAUCGGAUACCCAUGUUUUACGCACAGGAUUUUGGGAUCGCCAGGGGGCAAACAUUGCGAGUCGCUACAAAGAAAUGUAUGGCGUGGAGUUGUUUCUGCGUUAAAAGCAGUGUCUUUGGACAUAGAAUGCCGCAUUUUGCCGUGAUUUUAGGAGAAACGGAGGUGACUAAUGUUGGUGCGUUAAAAUUUCAAGUUUCUGUGUGAUUAAUGCGAUAAAUUCUAUCGAUAAACACUCCUUGCGUGAGGUUGAGUGUGAAAUUUAUAUUCACUGAAUUUACACAGACAUGAAGAAUUCGAAGAAAAGGUCUCGAAAUAUAUAGUGCAAAUUUAGGUAUACAUGUAGGGGGAUUGGCUCAUUUAAGCGUUUAAGUUAUAAUUACGUGUGGUGAUAUUUACGACGAGUGUAACUAUGCUCGGCCGCGAUGAGCGCUGUGCGGCUCUUGUUACAAGACGACGAUCGUGGGUAUGUACGUGGCCAUAAAAUAAAAAAUCCUCCUUUACUUUGGUAUAAACAAAGUGACAUCUACAAAAUAUUUCAUAAAAAGUACAUGGUAUUUAACCAUUAGUAGAUGAGGCAGAAAUCGUACAAACGAGUAAGAUUUCCGAUACAAAAGCGGUGAGUGUGAAAAUAAAUACCAAGUUGAUAUGCGAAAUUCAGAGAUUCUAUAUCUUCCCUCAACAUUAUUGGAAAAGGCAUUAGAAUUCAUCGGUUCUCAGGAUCAUGACAAAACAUUUCGCUUGUCUUUUUUUUGGCGAGAAGAAAUCAAUAUACUAAUGUGCGGAAGAUGUUUUUGUUUUUAAAUUUAAUGCAUAUCAAAUUCGACAAUACAUAAGCUUACCUUCGAUCGUUGUCACAAACUGACACAGCAUUCUGAUCGCCGCCGAGCGGAGCGUAAUUACACUCGUUGUAAAUAUGAGCACAUGUAAGUACAACUGGAAAGGCUUAAAUGAGUCCGCAUUCCCCGCUCAUUUAUACCUAAGUUAGUACUAUAUAUUUCGAGACCAUUCAGUAAAUUCACAGUCGACCUUUCGCAAGAAUCAGUGUUUAUCGAUAGAUUUCAUCGCACUGAUCCCACAAAAACUUACAAUUUCUUCGCACCAACAUUAGUCACCUCCGCUGCUCAUAAAAUCACGGCAAAAUGUUGCAUUCUCUGUCCAAAGACACUGCUUUUACCGGAGAAACAACUCCACGCCAUACAUUUCUUUGUAGCGACUCGCAAUGUUUGCCCCCUAGCGAUCCCAGAAUCCUGUGCGCAAAACAUGGGUAUCCGAUUACUGGAAAAUCAUUCAUUGCAUGGAAUCUUACGUUUCCUGUUUUCACCUCACCUAUUGUAAGACGCACAGUCACUUCAUUUUAUUUUAGCGCACAGACAGUCCAGUCGAUGCCCAGGCACUACCAAGAUUUUAAGUGUUUUUUUUCGACUAUUUUAUAUCUUAAAUGCUGUAGUCAAUUACUUAAAGGAGAUUGACGCAAAUUCAUUUUAUAUCUUUUAAAUACAUUUUGAAUCUUUUUCUUUUAGAAUCUUAUCGUAUCUUUUUCGAGUUUUUAUUGUAGUUGUAUAUUGUAAGCAAUUUUAUCCUUAUUUUUCAUUUUGGUUCUAUAUCGUAAUCAUUUUUAAAGGGCCCUGUAAGAAUUGAGCUUUAACUCUUUAUGAUGAUGAUGAUGAUGAUGAUGAUAAUGAUAAUGGCUUAUUAGUGAAAGCUUCAGUAUGAAUCAGUGUAUUCAAAAAAGAAACACAAAGACUGAGAUACAACUAACCAGCAGUGGAACCUCGGCAUAACGAAGGAUCAAGAGACCAACCGAUUUGUUCGCUAUAUAACGAGGUUUCGUUUUAUCGAGAUUCUUUUCCAUAUAUUUUACUAUAACUUGGGUAAAGAAAGUGGCUAGUUACAUCAAGGAAUUCGUCAUACAGAGGUUCGUUAAAUCGAGCUUCCACUCGGCUGCAGUAAACAACAACUGAAAAAUUCAAGCCUUUGUAUCGGGGUGUCGACAAUUGAAUUUUAUUCUGCAAUUUAUCGCUCUUUUCAAUAUUUUUUGCGUUUAGCUUUUCAAAUAAGGCAUGGGUCGCACUUGGCAAAUUUCUGGAAGAAUUUGUUUACCUUGCGGUAAAAAUCUGUCAUCGGGGCACAUUGCCAAGUGCGACCCCAAGUUUUCAAGUUCGAAAAAACUUUGAAAAUCGCAAAAAACGUCAAAGACGCCGUAUUGCUUGAUUGGGGCAGGCAGAUUUUGGAAAACUCGAGCUAAACAAUAGGAAUCACGGUGGUAAGUGUCAGCACUUGUCAGCGAAACGUGACCAAUUUGAAACACGAUCAAUUUGAAACAAUCGUAGAAAUUUUCUGAUCUUCGCGCUUUCGUUGUGGACGGACGAGGCUACCACUACUUUCCGCCAUUUUAACGUUUUUGCGAAAACUCUCUUCGAGCGAGCAACUCAUAAGCUUGUAAUCCUUCGCUAUUUCAACGUUUUUACGGGAACUCAACACAGGCGAGCCAAUUAUAGUCUACCCAGGCAAGUACCGUCACAGGUUUGUUAUUCUCUGAGCUAAAUGCAGUCUUUGGAGCCAAGCACUUUAUUUUCCUUUUUUCUCCCAAUCCUCCUGAAACUGGGAAAGGAGGAAAACGAUCAUACCCCAAAUGAUCGGGCUACGAAGAGAUAAUGUUCUCUGGUAUCUGGCCUACUUUAGUUCUAUAUGUGUCAAAAUAACGACAAUUAACUCCCACUAGUAAAUACUACUGCGACCCUCCUCGAUUUGACUAAAAGUUUUCUUUUCCGGUUGCGGUUUCGAAUUUUUAUGUUUUUUUAGCCGGCAAAGAUGAAAACUUUUCCCAAGUGCGACCUAUUUCUAAGUACCACUUUAUUCCUUCAAAAGUGAAUACUUAAGUAAGAACUAGUGAUAGUUGACACUACAGCUGCCCCCGCUCUGUAUAUUGUCGGUCAAUAGCAUUCUUGCUCGUUGUGUAGCUCUUUGAAAUACACCGAUUCAUAAGGAAGAUUUUCACACCCAUUCCAUACAAUAUGCACAGUUUCAGGUCGAUUUACACAGCUUUGAUCGAAGCAUUCUCAGUUGCGAGAACAGUUUAUUCUAAACCAUAAGAAAAGAUUUAAAUAGAAGUUGAAUUUUUCGCUAUUUCUCUUUCACUUUUUACAUUCAGUUCAUUUUAUUUGAUGGAAAGGAAGCCUUAGAAAUUAAAAGGACGUUUGAUCAAUUCACACUCGCGCAUUCUAGUCUUAUUUUAAACUUUAUAGCGGAAGGACAUCUGUGAGCAGGUAAUAAAUCAGCACAGAAUUUGAUUGUUGGGGAAUUCCUCGCGGUCCCUGUUCAAGCAAAUCGAGAUUUUUCCCAUAAUGACUGUAUAUUUCAACUGUAAGUACUUUCCUUAAUAUACGCGCGAGUUACACGUUUCACUUUUUCUUUGCUACUUAAAAAUUAUAAAUCAUAAUCAUUGUAGAUUUGAAUUUUUAACGAAGUCUGUGCAUCGGAUCAUCCUUUUCAUUUCUUAUUUUCCCAACAGUUUGCUACGGUUGGCGAUAUGAUUCCCAGGCAUUUCUUUUCUCGCUGGUUAACAAGCCAGGAUGGGCACCGGUGAGACUGCCUCAGACAGGGCAGUAUAGUUACUAUAACAGUCAUUCCAUAUACGACAUCUCGUCUUAUGGACCUACUUUCGGAGGGGGCUGGGACCUUGCCAUUUACGACUACGCGUCAUCCAGUAGCAGUUCCCAUACCAACCUUGGUUAUACUUACAGCCCACCAAGUGGGUACAACUAUGGAGACACCUUCACCCAGACAUUUCUGGCAGGAGGAAGUAAUUAUUAUUUUACACCAGACGAAGUGGAAACAUUUUACGAAACAACCUAA